GGCAACUCUAUCAAAAUCGAAAUAGCUUGUGGUUUGUUUACAUUUUUCAUUGCGCUGGAUAACAUCGUACUCGUAUUGUUUAAACAAAAUACUAAUUUAGAUUAGAAUCAUGGCAUCUGUAAAACAAUUACUGGUUUUUAUGCUAUCGUUGGUCGCUUUUGCGUAUACAUUUUAUGUUGUAGGAUCUUUGAUGUUUUUCUUGUCGCGUCCUAGAAACGUUCCGAAAAUAUAUGUUUGGGUGUUUAACUUGCUGGACAACAAGUCUCGCUUGGAGACAAGUUACGGACCAAUGCUGUUUGACACUCUCUACAUAAUUGGAUUUAUAUUACAACAUAGUUGUAUGAAAUCUGACCUUGUAAAAAGUAUUUUGGACAAAGUUGGAUUGGCCGCAGCAGAACGCUCAAUAUACUGUCUUACGUCAUCGUUAAGUUUACAUUACCUUAUACGACAUUGGUUGCCUGCUCAAUCCAUAGUCCUUUGGCAGGUGGAUGUGGCGUCUAGUAAUGUGUUGUGGUGGACAUUUUCUUUAGUACAUGGAUUUGCUUGGAUGAUAAUAUAUGGAGGCAGUAUUAUAAUGGAUCUGCCAGAAAUAUUGGGAGUGAAGCAGGCUUAUUAUGACUUGAAGGAUUACGCGCAGCCAAUCGCAUACAAAUCGUUCAGAUUGCGCCAUUUGUACAGCCAUGUACGACAUCCAUCAUUUGUUGGCUUAAGCGUAAUCUUGUGGGCCACAAACCUUAUGACCAUAGAUAGAUUCUUGUUGGCAUUGCUACUGACGACUUAUAUGUUCCUUGCUUGGUCAACCGAUCGUAAUGACGUAGUUUAUCAACGCAACCAGUUUCAACGCAAAGUACAGGAGCUCAAAAACGAUUAAUGAGGAGAUCGCACACAUAUCCUACGACAUAUUCGAUUAAAGUAGUCUCGAGCACAAAUUCAUUAUUUCUAUCACAUCUAUUUAUAAUCAUAAUCUUACAAGACUUAAUAUAGUAUUUAUGCACAUUUACGUUUUUAUACUAACAAAAUAAAGGUCUCUGAUAUAAUUAGCUGAA